CCUACGCCGCUCUUCCAGGGAAGGCAGAGCGGAGAGGCGCGCCCCCUUCUCUCCUCUCCCCGCACUCAGGAGGGGCGCCAUGCCAUGGAGAGCCGGGGCUCGGCGGUGCUGGGCUUGGGGCAGCUGGUAGAGGCGCUUCCAUGGCCAGGCGCGCAAGAGGAGGACGAGGAGCGAGUGGGGGAAGAGGAGGGAGCGGCGCUGCGGGAGUUGCGCCGCCGCCGCGGGCGCUCCUUAUCCUUGCCGUCCAGCCCGACUUUCCCUCGGAGGGAAGGCGAUGAAGAGGAGGAAGAAGGGGAAGGGGGCGUGCCGAAGUGCUGCGCCAAGUGCACCAAGAAGCGGGUGCAGUUCGCGGACUCGCUGGGCCUGUGCCUGGCCAGCGUCAAGCACUUCAGCGCCGCCGAGGAGCCGCGCGUCCCGCCCGCCGUGCUCUCCCGCCUCCAGAGCUUCCCCAUGCGCCACAAGGACCUGGAGAACUUCAGCGCCGCCUUGGCUUCCCUCCGCAACUCCCUCCGCGCCCCGCCCCCGGAGCCUCCCCAGCAGCGCCUCCUCCUCCUCGGCCGCCUGCCGCUCUGCGCCUCGGUCCCGGUCUGCCUGGAGGAGGCCUCCGGGAGCUGCGUGGACGGGGCGCCCUCUGAGGCGCGCGGCGUGGUGCGCGUGCAGGCUGGGCCCGGCCCGAAAGAGGUGACGGUGCGAUACACCUUCAAUGAGUGGCUCUCCUUCCUCGACGCCGCCGCCUCGCCGCUCUCUUCGUCCUCCGACGGGCCCGCGCAGGACUCCGCCUCCUCCUCCUCCUCUGUGGAGCGCUUCGGCUUCAGCCUCUGCCUGCCCCCCGGCCUGGAGGAAGGCUCCGCCGUCCACUUCGCCGUCUGUUGCCGGAGCCCCCAAGGCGAGCACUGGGACAACAAUGGCGGCGCCAACUACACCCUCAGCGCUCAUGAGGAGACCCGAGACUGAGGAGAAGGAAGGAAGGAAGGCGCAUUGGAGGCCCACACUGGCUUCACCGCGCUCCCAAUUGAAGCCCCUCCGACUACUCUUCCUGCACUUCAGCCUCCUCUGGUGUUUUGAGUCUGUGUUCCUGCAGAACAGAAAGGCUUGACACUGGAUGCCAUUGGGGUCUCUCCCAACUCUACCAUUCCCUCAAAACAGCCCCUGCCUUUGGGUUUCAUCCAGAGAAGACACAAAGGGGUCCAAUGUGUCGUCGAAGGCUUUCAUGGCCAGAAUCACUGGGUUGCUGUGAGUUUCCCGGGCUGUAUGGCCAUGCUCCAGAAGCAUUCUCUCCCAAAUGUUUCACCCACAUCUAUGGCAGACAUCCUCAGAUGUGGAGGAUGGAGCCCCCGGUGGCGCAGUGGAUUAACCCUUGUGCUUGAAGGUUGAAUUCCACCCGGGGAGAGUGUGGAUGAGCUCCCUCUAUCAGCUCCAGCUCCAUGCGGGGACAUGAGAGAAGGAUGGUGAAAACAUCCAGGCACCCCCUGGGCAACAUCCUUGCAGACGGCCAAUUCUCUCACUCCAGAAGUAACUCAAGUUGCUCCUGACACGAAAAAAAAUGGCUGCAAUCAUUUGGUAGCUGUGAGUUUCCCGGGCUGUAUGGCCAUGUUCCAGAAGCAUUCUCUCCCGACGUUUUGCCCACAUCUAUGGCAGGCAUCCUCAGAUGUGGAGGAUGGAGCCCCUGGUGGUGCAGUGGAUUAACCCUUGUGCUUGAAGGUUGGUUGCAGACCUGAAGGUUGCCUGUUCGAAUCCAACCCGGGGAGAGCGUGGAUGAGCUCCCUCUAUCAGCUCCAGCUCCAUGCAGGGACAUGAGAGAAGCCUCCCACAAGGAUGGUGAAAACAUCCAGGCAUCCCCUGUGCAACAUCCUUGCAGAAGGCCAAUUCUCUCACACCCGAAGUGACUUGCAGUUUCUUAAGUCGCUCCUGACAUGGAAAAAAAAACCCUCAGAGGUAGUGAGGUCUGUUGGAAAUUAGGGCCCUUCCACACAGCCAUAUAAUCCAGAAUAUCAAGGCAGGAAAUCCCACAAUAUCUGCUUUGAACUAGGAUAUCUGAGUCCACACUGCCACAUAUUCGUAUUCAAAGCUGAAAAUGUAGGAUUGUAUUCACCUGUGUGGAAGGGGCCUAUGAAAGGGAGGUUUAUAUAUCUGUGGAAGGUCCAGGGUGGGAGAAAUAACUCUUGUCGGAGACAAGUGUGAAUGUUGCAAUUAAUCACCUUGAUUAGUGUUGGAAAGCCUGGUGGAUUCCUGCCUGUGGGAAUCCUUUUUUGAGACAUGAGAGAAGCCUCUCACAUGGAUGGUAAAAACACCAUACAUCCGGGCAUCCCCUGGGAAGACGGCAAAUUCUUUCACACCAGAAGCGACUUGCGGUUUCUCAAGUCGCUCCUUACACAAACACACAAAGAAAGCUGGCCCUGAUUGUUUCUUGUCUGGAAUUCCCAUUUUCAAAGCAUUGCUCUUUAUUUAUUGUUCUGAUUUUAGAGUUUUUAAUACUGGUAGCCAGAUUUUGUUCAUUUUCAUGGUUUCCUCCUUUUUGUUGAAAUUGUUCACAUGCUUGUGGAUUCUCUGUAGUCUGACAUGGUGGUGGUUAGAGUGGUCCAGCUUUUUCUGUGGUCUCAGAUAGCAUUCUCCGUCCAGGUUGGUUUAUCAAGUGCUCUGCUAUGGCUGACUUCUCUGGUUGAGAAGUCUAGUCUGCAGUGUCCUUCAUGUUCCUUGAUUUGUGUCUGGACAUCACUCCUUUUGGAGGUCCCUAUGGAGACUUGUCCACAGCUGCAUGGUAUACGGUAGACUCCUGCAGAAGUGAGAGGAUCCCUCUUGUCCUUUGCUGACUGUAGCAUUUGUUGGAUUUUCUUUGGCUUUAUAAUGCUACCAGUAAUCAAGGUGAUGAAUUGCAACAUUCAUACUUAACUCCAACAGACAAUAGUUCUUUCUCCCACCCUGGACAUUCCACAGAUAAAUAAACCUCCCUUGUCUAGUUUCCAAUAUACCUCAUAAUGUCCAAGGAUGCCUGCAGGACAGAAUGCUUCUGGAACAUGUCCAUACAGCCUGGAAAACUCACAGCAACCCAGUGAUUCCGGCCAUGAAAGCCUUCAACAACAUAUACUGCAAAUUGCUUCUGGUGUGAGAGAAUCGGCCAUCUACAAAGACGUUGCCCAGGUGUGUUACUAUCCUUUGGGAGGUGUUUCUCAUGUCCCCGCAUGGGAAGCUGGGGCUGACAGAUGGGAGCUCACCCUGAAUUGCGGAUUUGAACUGCCAGCCUUCAGAUCUUCAAGUUCAGACGGCACAAGGGUUUAACCCAUUGCGCCACUCUGGCUCCCUUGAGAAGACACUGAGAAGAGACAUAAAGAGAUUCCCCCUUUGAGGCUUGAUUGUGACAAGGAACUCCCUGCAACUAGAUGGACGGAGGGAGUUGAGAAGUGGAUACAGGGGUGUAUGUAUUAUACUUUCUGCUCUAACAUGAACAGAGAAAUGACAGAACAACGUCACCAGCAAUACUGUGAAAGGAAUGGCCAGCCUUUCCUCUUGGCUUUAUGGUUGCAACUUUUCUGGAUGGAGCGGAGUUGUGGAUACAAGGAUGUUUGUGUGUUAUAUUUGCCUCUUCAUAUAUAGAGAAAGGAUGGAGCGAGUUUGCUAUUCCAAAACAGUGUUACCAGUAUGACAAUACUACGAAAGUACAGGCAGUCUCCAAGUUAGACAUAUCUGACUUACAUACAACUCAUAGUGAAGAAUGGGGAUGAGACAACAGCAAGUGAGAGAAAGGGAAAUUUACUCCUGAAAGAGAUAUCAUGGGAAAAGGUGUCUCCACUGAAGCUUUAUCACUAAUCUUUGUUUCAACAACAAGCUAUUUUUUUCAAAAUCCAAUUAUCCCAGGGACAGAAGGUGAGAUGAAGUCUAUUGAACAGCAAAACAAACACUACAGGGGUGUUAACCAGUCCCUAUGCUAUCCAAAGCUAUAUAUAUAGAGAGAGAUUGGAAUUACAGUACACAUAGAAAAUGAACCUGUUGUGACAUGCAGAUACAGAGACGUGUGUGAUAUCCUUGCCUCUCUUCAUAUAUAAAGAGAGAGAAGGAUGGGCGUAUUCUAGUACAAUAUCACCAGGAAAAACAUAACUGCAAGUAAUGGCCAAACAGCUCGCUGCAACUGGGUGGAUGGAGCUGAGAAAUGGAUAGUGACGUGUGUACUUUAUUAGCCUCUUUUCAUAUGGAGGGGGUUUGCUGUUCCAGUACAGUGUCACCACCGAGAAGAUACCGUGAAAGUAAUGGCCAGCCUCGGAGAGAAAGGGCUUUCCUUUUGCAUUGAUUGUGCCAAGUAAUUCCCUGCAACUGGGUGGAUGGAGUUGACAAGUGGAUAUAGGGACAUGUUUGUGAUAUACUUGCCCUUCUUCAUAUGUAGAGGGAGUUUGCUGUUCCAGGAGGACAGUGUCUCCACAGGGGUAAAAGUUUGCAACCUGAAAAAGCUAUUUCUGACUUGUGCCUUUCAUUUUUUUCCUGGACACUUUAUGUAGGAUGGAAGCACUAAGGGACCCAGCGGUCACUGACAUAAACUUGGAGAUAUUUUGGGAGAUCGCCUAGUUUUAACAGAACUGGAUAGAGAGUCUGAGCUCUUUGAAAGGAACUUUGUGUGUUUGUUUGGUUUGCACUAAGGAUUUGAGUCUGUUCUAGACUAAACAUGUUUUAGAGCUACUAAAUCAGACCAUAUGUAUGCUCUCAGGGUCUGUGAAAGGUAUGAUUUAUGUGUGUCCUACACAAUUCACAGAGGCUUGAAACCUCCAUUACUCACUGACUUCAAAAUCCUUCCUAUGCCUAAGGAAAAGGGCUCCGGGACUUGUAAGAAGCUGCAGAAGGCAGAUCGAAGUUUUUCUGAUGGAAUUAUUUCUGCCAUAAAUGUGUUGCAAGUACAAAGGGCUAGUUCUUCUAAUUUUGAUGCUCAGACUGGACUGUCGCCAUACUUUUGAGACUUUGAGAAAGUUGCUUCUGGGAAUUAUAGUAACAAAAAACUAUUCAAGGCUGUGGCUGAAGCUCAGUGGAAAUGAGCUUUUUACAAGCUUCUGGAACACACUCACACCACAGAACCUUUUCAGAUGUGUGUAGAAGUAUACGUCUUAGUUUGUUUAGUUGGCUGUGCACAGUGCCUUUGUGAAAUGUACUAGCAGGAUUUAAAACAAGCUGGACUAUCAUGUGUCAAGUUGACCAUCCUUGGAAUGUGCAAAUUGGUGCAUUGUUUUUUUAAAAGACGAAUUUGCUCAAUAUUUGAAAGCUUCCCUUUUUAGAGAUCCUUUGAGAUGAAACACGGUGACAAAAGCUGUCACAAUGGAUCCUGUUUUGUCACUUUUAGCGUAAUCCUUUUCACUUGGGUGCCCCACUUCUCCAGUUUGGAUAAACCGUGUAAGGAUUCACUUUCACUUUGAAACUUAAAGCACUUUUACAACCUUAAGUGGCUUAUUAAGCUAGCAGUCACUUUACUACAACUCACCCUCCAGUUCUUACGAAGAACAAAUAUUUUGGGUAAUUAGCUGCUAAAAUAGAGGGAACAAUUCAAUCACUAUUUAAUUGGUGCCUCAUUGAGUUAAAUGGUUAGUGAAUCACAGUCUAAGGACUGCAUCCAGUUGUUAGACCUAUUGAAUGUGUGGAAUUUACUUAUGCAUUAAUUCACCGUUCAAUGAGUCCACUCAAUUUUGGACUAAUCAGUAAGAUUCAGGCUUUAAAAGGCUGCCUACUCAUUGUAUUGUAUUAUAAGGUCAUUGUUCAUUAUAGAAAUUUUCUUGAAUGAGAUGUGGGUAAAUUAUCGAUUUGCUUUUUAGAGGCAAAAGUGUGGAUUUCCAUGCUUUCUUAUAAAUUCUCCUUGUCAGACUUGGGGAUGUAGGAUUCCUUUCUGUUUGGAGUUCUGAGAGAAUAAUACUAUUAAAACACACCCUCUUUAUUGACCUGACAUGAUAUAGAGGGCGUGUUCUAUAGUAUAUGUAGGUAUACAGGUUGACACCCAUAUACCAAAUGUAACUAUUGCAAUUAUGAUAGGUAUGAUGGCUACUUUAAUGAAGCACCUGCUUUUUGUUUGAAUUGAGCCUGCUAUGUGACUACUGCUUUGACUGAUAUAACCCUCAAAGUGAAGGGGUGUUUGAGCAAGAAUAAAAUCUGUGAAUUCAUGCUUGGCUAUUCACAUCUUAAAGCCAUGUCUUACUGUGACUUCAUCUUUUUGUAAUCCAGGUCUACUGACACUUUAAAUAGUGUUUGCAGGAUGGCUACAGUGGGGUUGUGCAAGCAACACAAUGUUCUGUAAAGGUGAAUCUAAGAGCCCUUUCCUAGCUAUGUCUAGAUCAAGGUCUAAGUACCUUUCUUUCAGGCAACACAACUAUAACGCUACAAUUCACUUUAAUUACCUUGGCAACAUUCUGUGGAAUACAUGAAUUUGCAGUUUAAAGAGGGACAUGUAGAGUUCUUAGCGAGAGCGCACCUAUGAACUAGAAAUCAAGGAUUCUGUAGGAUGUUACCAUGAUAAUUAAAGUGGAAUCAUAGUGUUAUAAUUAUGUAGUCUGAAAGGUAUCUAGACAUGGUUCUCCAAUAUGUACAUGUAGGUUAUAGUGUCCUUGCAGUAAGAAAUACAUUAAAGGCUGCUCUUCUGUGCAUUGUAGUUCAGACUUUGAAAGCUGUAUGUAGAAUGUAACCUUUUUAGACCUAAUAUACAUUGGGGCAAAAAAGAUGUUGGAUAUUGUUUAAAAUUUUCACAAUGUUCCUAAAGAGUUAAGUGGCUGUCUUGUUUUUGAUGCGUAGACAGGCUGACAGUGAAUCAUGCUAUAACCUUGGACUUCAUCAGCUGAAAAUUGUUUGGGAUCAAAGUUGAAAUGUACUGGAAACCCUUCUGGUUGUAACAUGGAAAAUGUGUAUACUCACCAAGCUCCGCAUUGGCUUGUGUUUUUAUUUGUAUUUUUUUAAAAAAAAUAGACUUAUUCCAGCCAGAACAGAAUCUUUCUUCAACAAGCAGGAACGAACCCAUUCUAGUCACUAUUUUAAAAUGCUGUAUUGUAACUGCAGGCUUUCUGUUUUUGAUUUCUAAAAUGUUUUAGUCAUUGAAUAAGGAAGCACAAGUAUAUAAAUUAAUGUCACCUAUUCCUUUUGUUUGGAUCAAAAAUGAUACCGUGCCAAAGAACUAGCAAUGAGCUGGAAGGUCUUCUACAUAAAAUUUGCUGCCAAUGCUGCCUUAAACAGGAAAGAUUUGCCAUUUUUAGAAAAGAAUCAUACUAUAAAAAGAAGAUAUGCCAGUUUGUAUCUUUGCAUGAGAAAUUGCUUGCAUACAUAUGGCAUAGGAUAGAGUUCGGAAAGGUUAUUACGUUGGGACUACAACUUGGAAAAUCUGCCAACCAAUAUUGCUAACGCACGUGUUGGAUGGGGGACUUGGGGAGCUGCAGUCCAAAAAGUGCCCUUCCAUGCCCUGGUUGUGUAGAUAUUUUGAGAAAUGUAAAAUUAGGGAGAAAUUGAAAUUUGUGCCAGUUCAAAGCGUUUCUCAACUCUUCUCUAUAAUUCUGUAAGCUGGCUACCAAAGUCCAGCUCUUGGCUGGAUUAAUGAGAGAGGUGAACAAGAAAGAUGGUUGGAAGGUCUCAGCCGGUUGGGAUCAGAGUGAGAUCCUUCACAGCAAGUGAAGAGAAAAUUGCUAGCAUGCUGCGAUUAUUCUGGCAAAACUGGAAAGAACUCGAAGGUAGACAGUGGAUUUUCUUGCUGAGAAUAAUCUUGCCAAAAUAGGAUUCAAAGGAUACUAAGGAGUGGCCUUAUAAUCUUUGAAGUGCUCAAACCCUUCUGAUGUAUUGCCUGCCUGCCAUCUGUGUAACCUUUCAGAGGAAUGUCAAAAACCUCUGUUUUGUGCCUUUAUGGAGGAGUAUACGUAUGGGGAAAUGAGUUUGGAUGAAUGUGUCUAGAUGUUUUAUGGGUUGACUCAAUAAGCAAACAUUGUAGAAUUUUAUGAAUAAAAAAAGCAUUUUGCCUAUGUAUUGAA